AUGACGGGCCUAACCUGCAACUCUUGCAACAAAAAAUUCAAAGACGAUGCCGAGCAAAAGCUCCAUUACAAGUCCGAUUGGCAUCGCUACAAUCUCAAGCGCAAGCUAUUAGGUGGCUGGGGUUCCUGGUGUCACGGAAGCAAGUUGGGGUUUUUUUGUAGUUUAGCUACUGGUCAUGUGGACAUUAUCACAUGCAUGGAAAUGGAAGUGGAAGCAGAGAAGCAGGUUGCUUAA